AUGGAAAAAUUCUGUUAUGCCUCAGUCAAGUCAAUAUCUACCUCAACUAGGAGAUCUGGUGGCCAACUAACAGACUCAAAUAAAACUGGUUUAAUCUACAUUCUUGCUGUGUUUAUUUUCAUGCUUGGUGGUGCUUAUGCUGGAGUACCCCUGUAGAAAGUGCUUUGUCAGGCCACAGGAUUAGGUGGUCAAGCUGUGAAAGGGCAUCACACGGAUUAAAUAGAAACCAUGGAAUCAUGGGAAAAGUGUAUUGGAAUAAUAGUGAAGCUUAAUGCAGAUGUUGCGUCAAGUGUGAGAUGGAAUUUUAAGCCUCUACAGACAGAAGUGACUGUUUAUCCUGGAGAAACAGCUUUAGCAUUUUAUACAACUAAAAACCCAACUGAUAAACCAAUCAUUGGUAUUUCAACAUACAAUGUGUUGCCCUACGAGGCAGGCCAAUAUUUUAAUAAAAUUCAGUGCUUUUGUUUUGAAGAACAAAGAUUAAAUCUUAAUGAGCAGGUGGUGGACAUGCCCAUGUUCUUCUACAUUGACCCUGAGUUUGCAUAAGAUCCAAAGCUGGAGCACGUUGAGAGCAUCAUGCUGUCUUAUACAUUUCUUGAGGCCAAGGAAGGUUUGGCACUCCCACUGCCAGGUUACCAUCAGCCACACAUUACGGCGCCUGCUACAGUUGCCACACCUUGA